CUCUCCUGCUAUAUAUAUCCAACCUUCUCCGUAUUGGAUUACACCUCUUCCCACGAACCAAAUAGUUUCUUAAUGCCUAAGGCCUGGAUCCUGAGGGAGUUGCAACCUGCAGCCGCUGCUUACUUUGGUGAGUUGGAGGAGGCCCUUAUCCAUGGCACCUAUACUGCUGCUGGUGUCGAUCCUGUCAUGAUAGAAGGUGAUGUCCACACCAAGUCGGCAGCAGGAUAUCUUGCAGCUAGGCCCCCCACUCUGGAGAUCUUCCCUUCCUGGCCAAUGAGUCAUCUACAGCAGCCAUACAGUGCGAACUCGCAGUCAGUAGGGAGCACUGACUCCAGCUCCGCUCAGAACACAAUGUCACAGGCCGAGUUGGUGUCCCCAGUCAGUAUGAGGACCGACUCUGGCCAGCCGCAGGAGGUGUUGAUGGUGACCAUUGAUGAUUACAACUACAACCAAGGACUCGGGCCAGCGCCAGCUGCUACACCAAGCUUUCAGCAACAUGCAGGAGGAGCCCAAGAUAAGAGGAAGCAUGGAUCCACAAGAAAAGAUGGCACGUCGUUGGAUCCAAAGACCGAAAGGCGACUGGCUCAGAACAGAGAAGCUGCAAGGAAGAGCAGGCUGAGGAAAAAGGCAUAUGUUCAGCAGUUAGAAACAGGCCGGAUUAGGCUUCAGCAAAUCGAGCAAGAGCUUCAGAGAGGACGUUCACAGGGUCUGCUCACCGGAGGAUGCAGUGCGCCCGGAGAAAUGAGUUCUGGCGCCGUGAUGUUCGACAUGGAGUACGCCCGAUGGUUAGAUGAAGACAGCAAGUAUAUGACCGGGAUUCAGGGUGCAUUGCAGGCCCAAGUCCUCGACGGGAACCUUGGAACUAUCGUUGAAGAAUGCAUCCGGCACUACGACGAGCUGUUCCACUUGAGGGCCGUGCUCGCCAGGUCCGACGUCUUCCACCUCAUGACCGGAAUGUGGGCAACGCAGUCUGAGCGGUGCUUCCUCUGGAUGGCCGGGUUCCGGCCCUCGGAAAUCCUCAAGAUGCUGAUACCUCAGCUCGAUCCACUGACGGAGCAGCAGCUGGUGGGGAUGUGCAAUCUGCAGCAGUCAUCGGAGCAGGCUGAGGAGGCGCUAGCGCAGGGGCUUCAACAGCUGCACCAGUCGCUGGCCGAUGCGGUGGGCGCUGGCCCUCUCAACGACGGUGCAGAUGUUGCCAACUAUACCAGUCUCAUGGCCCUAGCACUUGACAGGCUCGACAAUCUCGAGAGCUUUUAUCGUCAGGCUGAUAAUCUGAGACAGCAAACCUUGCAUCGCAUUCGGCGGAUUCUGACCACCAGACAGACAGCUCGGUGUUUCCUCUCCCUCGGAGAGUAUCAUCGCCGUCUCCGUGCUCUCAGCUCCAUCUGGGCUUCCCGUCCUCGCGAGAACUUCAUCAUGACAGAGAAUGUCAGCUCUACAGGAGCAGAAUUUCAGGCUAUUCAUCAAUCUCAACAAAACCAGUUUUCCGGCCUCUGAAGCAUCCCCUGGAGGGGGUGCAAAUUCGGCCAUCAACAUGUGACAAGAUCGUAUUGUUAUAUUGUUAUUAAGAUAUUGGGAAAGGAAUAUCACUAGCUAGGGAAAGAUAGCAGAAAGUAGGCCGGCCAAGGGAAGAAAUCGGCCUGGCUCUCUUGCUGUUAUGUUCUGACGGCUCUUGGGCUGAACGAAGGGGUUAGCACUUUGCAGCAUUUGGUGCCAAAGUAGAAGACGAUUAAGAAAAGUAAGAGCAGUUGGGAUGUGGAUGUGCUGCAUUUGUAUG